GAGAGAGAGAGAGAGAGAGAGAAUGAGAAUGAGAGCGUGCACCCUCAGCAGCACCAGCAUCCAGCACCGCUCUAAGUCGUGAACGUACUACUCGACAUCGUGUGCAAGAUCUUCGGUCACAUUAUUCUUGAAAACAAAUCUGGCGAGCGAGACACGUUCACGCUCACCCCCGUGUAUAUAUGGCUUCAGUUGAAGAGCUGGAUCAUCAGGUCGAUAGCGGCAUGGGUAGCAGCGACGUGCGCUCUCCUGAGGUGAAGUCACUCCUUCCCGACGAAGAAGAUGAUGACGAGGAGGAUGAAAGCUUAACGGAAAGAUUAUUAGGACUUACUGAAAUGUUUCCUGAACCAGUACGUAAUUUUGGAUAUAAUGUUGGGACCUGUCUAUACACAUGUAUCAAAGGUCUAUAUGCAUAUUCUUGCUCCACUACAUGGCUGAUCUUCAGUUCAUCCACCAUUCUUUUUGCGCCAAUUAUAUUUGAGAUGGAGCGUGCACAAAUGGAAGACUUGCAACGUACACAACAAAAACAAGUUCUCUUAGGCCCUAAUACUGCUUUGUCCGGCAUUAAUACCUCAGGUCUUCCAAUGGCACCACCUGUUCAGCGAUAAAUGAUCAUAUGUUCAUAUAUAUACAUACACGUGUGUAAAGACAUGUGCAGAAAUAUCCAAAUCAUGGAAAAAAUGUAUUAAUUGAGUUUCAUGCUCAAUUAUUUAUUAGUAUAACUUUUUCACAUAUGAUUUACACAAAGUCGUGAAUGUAGCGAACGAAGGAUUCGCAUAAAUGAAGCGUAAAAAGUCAUAUGUAAUUACCUCAACCAGAAUAAUUCUUACAAAAUGCACGAGGUAAAAUAAUAUAAAUUUGAAUCACUCCAUAUAAUUAAUUUAUAAAUUAAUGCAGCAUGCAUCUCUCGGUCUAGUCCAUCCUCUAUCUCUAUAUUCACACAUAUACAAAUCAUCGUUUUUUGUAAUUUUCACUAAUUGUAAGAAACAAAGUACUGUGAUGUCGUGUGGCAUUUUAUUAUCAGUGCGAUAAAACGUUGCAGACGCAAUAGUAGUAUCUCGUUUGAUCAAAAAGGUAACGGCGGUAUUUUAUUCAUCGUAAAUAAAUAAUUGAAAGAAAUUUGGAGAAAUUAAACAAGCAAUUAUUUAUACAUAAUAAUAGUCAUUACAUAAUCUCUGUUGCUGGGAAAUGCAGUGGUAAUCUUUAAUAUAUCUCGCCUGUUAUAUUGUAAUUCAUUGUAAUUUCGAGAAAAAAAUAAAAGGCAUAACAAAAUAGUAUUAAA